ACUGUUAACAUGGAAUUACAUCAACUGCUUGCAAUAGCCAUAUGCAUGUACCUACAAAGUAUCGCUAUUGCUAAUGGUUUAGACUACCAUUGCCUGUCGGUAUCUGACUUCGGGAGAUGUAAGGAAUGUUAUAUUGGAUGGUAUGGUGAUUACUGUGACAAGAUGUGUCAACACUGUGACACGGGUGGAUGUAGUAAAACAACAGGUGUUUGUCUUCAGUGUCAAGCUGGAUAUUACUCUGCAACCUGUGCACUGACAUGUCCACCUCAGUGCAGAGAGAGCUAUUAUGACCGUGUCUUCUGUGACCGUACAACAGGGAAUUGUCUGGAAGGCUGUAAACCCACAUGGUGGGGACAUAAAUGUGAACACAAGUGUGGAAAACAGUGUACUGAUUCAGUUUGUAAAUUUUAUGAUGGUUCUUGUGACAGUGGAUGCAAGGACGGGUUUACCGGGACGCGUUGUCACAAAACCUGUUCAGUGGAAUGUUUCCAUGGCAAGUGCAAUCAGCUGACGGCUGUGUGCCUUCAUGGAUGUAACACUGGCUUCUAUGGGCACUCCUGUGAUAGACACUGUACUGAUAAAUGCCUCGAUAGAGAUUGCAGUACAAGGAUUGACGGAGACACUCCUACCUGUACCCACGGCUGUGUACCUGGCUGGAAGCCUCCCCUCUGCCAUAUCCCUUGCCUACCUAACUGUUUAUCCUGCACUGAAGCUGGGGUGUGUACAUCCUGCAAGGCAGGGUUCACAGGAACAAGCUGUGAGAAGAAGAAAUGCAACUGUCUAAGUUCCGGUUGUAGCGAUGACAAAACUUGCAAUGGAUGUCUUGAUGGGUGGAAGGGACAGACAUGUGAGUUCACCUGCUCUCAAAACUGCCUCAAAUGUCAACAGAAUAGUGGGAACUGCAUAACAUGUCGCCAAGGUUUCACAUAUGAUGAAAGAAGUCGAUGCACCUCCAUGAUCGAUGGUAACGGAACCUCUCAAUCCACAAUCACCGACGUCCCACCUCAAAGGCAAGAAUCACAUGUUGCCAUUGCGAUUAUUUCAACCAUAGCCUGUCUACUUGUAAUCGUUUUAAUCGGGAUCUUUAUCUGAUUCCGAGGACGCACCCUGUCAUGCUUUAAACACGCCGCGGAUGGAAAUGCUCCUGAUAUUAAGGAGCCGGGAUUGUCAGCAGCCGACUUGCUCGGACAAGAUCGCGAGCAACAAGAAGAUGUAUCGUUGAAUAAUGUGUGUUAAUUAUUUCCAGCAUGGGCAUAAGAAGGUCUAUCUUGAGACAAUCGAUAGUUCUAAUAUGUCAGGGUCGAUCGAGCAACAUACUAGUAUAUGCUUUUAAUGUAAGCUCUUUUCAUCAGCACAAACAUGUGAUUUUGAUAUAUCUCAGAAUUGUGCAGAAUUGACAAGUGCAUCGUAUAUCAUGUGUGGUAUUUCUUACACCUUAAUUCCCAAUGGCAAUAGUAAUACUUAUUGUAUUGCAUAAAGACCCCUUUGUGGAGACCUUUAGAGUUAAACAUGCGACUUAAUAAAAGUACUUGACAUGUUGGUACAUCACAUGUAUGGUUAUAUUUACUGUAGGUAUCAUGCCCUAGAUCUGGAAGUUCAUGUAUUAGCUUCCUGCGUGAUUUUAAUGUUGAAAUCUGUGUGUAUCCAGAUUAAUACUGUGGUGACGGUAUACACCAGACCUUCAGCUGCCUCGAAAAACUUGGGUCUACAGAACAUAUGGAGUUAUCAGGAAACAAGAAAUAUAUUAAUAUUUGAAAUAUGAGUACAACACAAUAUAUGACUAAUGCGUGUAGUUUAUACAACACCAAUACUCGCUGCAAGUAAUCAGUGCAUGUUAACAACACAGCUACAUAUACUGGUUCAGCAUGUACUUGUAGCCAUAUUUAUCGACAAGAAUCAUCUGUCUAUUGUAGUCUAGUUUUUAUUAUAUAACACAAAUACUGAAAACAAUCAAAUUUAAAAUUUUACAUGUUGCACUGAUUCCUGAUUUUGUAUCUACAAGCAAACUAUUGUCGGAUAUAUCUCAAUACCAACGACUGCGCAUAACACAAAUGAAAUAAUACACCUUCUUGGCGUAAGAAGUAAGGAAAUAAGAAUUAUCCGACCGAGGCUUACACUCUUAGCAAAAACACAUGUUACUACAUGCAUGUCCAUAAGGUAAGUGCCAGCUCAUGUCAGUAGACGUCCAUCAACAUAACGAUCGAGCUACGUAUGUACAACUGCAGUGUUCGUGUUCCCUUCGCAUAACAUAUAUGCACGUUUUGAAAGGGAGAAAUACUCAGCAUAUAUGAUCAACUAUUGUGUACAUGUGUGGCCACUGACAAAACAUACUCUUGGGGAGCAUA